UCAACUGCCAUAGGAAACGUGAUUUCAUAUAGAAAUUCACUAACUCAGCCUGCAAGUUCUGAAAAACGUACUGUGAAAACUGUAAAAAUUCAAUAAACUAUUAGGGUUAAAGAAUUUACUAGAUUUGAUAUAAAAUGGCAAAGUGGGGGGAAGGUGAUCCACGUUGGAUUGUUGAGGAACGCCCUGAUGCAACAAAUGUCAACAAUUGGCAUUGGACUGAAAAAAAUGCAACGCCAUGGUCCAAGGAACGUUUGACACAAUUAUUGAAUGGUCUCAAAAUUGAGCAAGAUGGGGUCAAAUGCGUUGUUGAUACGGUUGAUGAUUGUAGCGGUGAGGCUACGGUUAACAACCGCAAAGGGAAACUUAUAUUUUUCUACGAAUGGAAGUUGGUGCUUAAGUGGACGGGGAUAUUAUUGAAAAAUAGUAAAUUAGAACACAAGGGAAAAAUUACUAUACCGAAUUUGUCCGAGGAGAUGGACAUCGAUGACAUUGAGAUUACCAUUACCAUUGAUGAGUCUAACGAUGAGUCGGAAAACUUGAAACAAUUCAUGUACAAUAUUGGGCGUGACGUCGUACGAAAGCAGUUAGAGUGCUAUAUUAAAGAGUUGAAAGAGGAGUACUCGAAAAAUUUAAUACUUCCGAAGAAAGGUGAAGAAAACAGUGUUAUCACACCAAAGGCUAAACAACCUGGAUCUAGCAUCGCAACAGAAACUAAAUUAAAAAACGCUGCGAAUCCAACCAAAGCCAAUGAUACGGUUGCUAGUAGCAUUGGUUGUAAAUUGGACGUAAGGACGCUAAAAAUGACUGAAGAGUUCAAUUGUAAUGCAAACGAUUUAUACAAUGCGCUAACAAAAGCGGAAAUGGUAACUGCUUUUACACGUGCACCAGCUAAAGUAGACUCCUCGCGUGGUGGCGAAUUCGUUUUGUAUGGCGGUAAUGUGCAUGGCAAAUUUGAAGAGCUGGUACCGGAAAAAAGAAUAAAACAAUCUUGGCGACUUAAAAACUGGCCUUCAGGACACUACUCCGAAGUUGUGAUAGAAUUGGAGGAGACGAAAAACAACACGCAAAUGAAACUGCUGCAAACAGGCAUUCCUGCAUCUGAAUUUGAUGCUAUGCGCGCCAACUGGCACCGAUAUUACUGGCAUAGUAUUAAGCAAACAUUCGGGUUUGGAUUAUCUAUUUCGGAUAUAUGGUAAAAUUAGCUAAUUUAUAUCUGCGAGACACUGUGGAUUCUUUGGGAUGUAAUCUACAAAAAGGGAAUCACUUCGCACAUUAAAAAUUUACCAAAAGAACAGCAACAACAACAACAAAACGCUUACGCUGUUAAAUUAUGCUUCGAUUAUACUUAAUUUAUAAUUGCUUUAAGGACUGCCAGCUUGGCUAUGGCUUACCUGGGGACCAUCUUCGAUUGUACACAAACUAUACAAAAACCAAAACUAAGCUAAUUUAAACUAAUUAAAAAGUUGAAAUAUGAAAGGGAAAUAAUGUAAUUUUGAAUUUUGAGCAAAUUAGUUGAAUUAUAGAAGUUUUUGUAAGAAAUGUGCAUAUCUUUGUCAUUACAACAAACAAAAGUCGCAAAUAAACUAAGAUUCGGUCGCAGGUUGAUGCCAGGAUAAA